CGACCUCCCUCUCCAGGCCUGAGAGGUCUUGCCUCCACUCUCCCGGCCCCCUGCCCCUUACGCGGCCUCAUCCCCCAGGGGCCCCCCGCCCCCACCCCCAUUCCCCCAGGCCCCCCGGCGCCCCUCCCCCGGGCUCACCCACUCUCCCGCGCCCCUUCCCCCGCAGCCUCGGGUUAUUAAUACCCGCUCGCGGGCGCAAUCCCAGCUGGCGGCCGGGCAGGUGACAGCGGCGACCAGGGCCCCAGUGGAGCGUGGCUUUCCUGGCGGGAUUCCCGCGCGCCCUCCGUUCACGCGGAGCGCUUGGAGAAGUGCGACCGUGCAGAGCGCGACUCCGGCGGGAGCAGAGGGGACGGCUCAGCGAGCGAGCACAGUGAAUGCGAGUUUCAUCCACGCUGUUGACUAGAGAUCAUUCCAUCAUCUUCACUGUCACGCAGAGUGUUCAUGGAGAUGUCACGGUGUGUUCGUCUGUGUUCGUGGACAUCCGGGUUGUUUCCAGCUCCAGGCUACUCGAAAUAAAGCUGCUGCGAACAUUCUCAGCCUUGUCUUUUGUGGACAGUCGCAUGCAUUUCUCUUGGGUCCGAGGGGAACUGCUAGGUGAGGGGCACGCAGGCGCUUAGCGUCACUGACGGUACCGGAUUGCCUUCCAGCGUAGCCGCACCGUCUUGUCCGGCCAGAGGUGAGCAAGAGCUCCAGCUCCUCCCAGCACCUGGCAUCGGCCUUUCGGACUCACCGUCCUGGUGGUGCAGAUACUGUUUCCUCGGGAGGCUUGCUUGCUUGACUGAACCUGUCACAUACUGUCCCCAGUCCGUCUUGAGUUAUUCCCUGCAUGGCGUGAGGUAGGACUCAAGGCCCCUCUCCCUCUGUCUGGGUAAGGGGAGACCGCAAGGGCUUUCCUCUCUUUACCGCACGUAUUUUCCUUUUGAAUCUUAAAGUCAACAGAUACUAUUUUUGCAAUCUGAACAUUUUUUUGAACGUGUAGGAGAAAUAAAUUGGGAGAAAGCACUCUGGGGUCAGCAUGGCCCCUGCUCAUUUGCAGAUGAGAAUGUGGGGCCUGAGGAGGACUCUGGCUCUGUCCGCUGCUGACCCCACCCUGGGGGCAGCCCUGCUGUGGUCGGCAGAAAGGUCCCCUCAACCCAAGGCCUUGCGUGGAGACCCAGGGGCACACCCUGUGGGGGUUGGGUCCAGGUGAUUCUCUGGUCCCCCUGGAAGCUGGGGAAAACGAGGCACAACCACAGUUCUGAACGGAGAGUCCCUGCAGAGGAGCCUGGGUGGUGAGCCCUGCCUCUCUGCAGGCCCCCAGCCCAGGGGGAACUGUGCCUUUGCAUGGCCUCCCGGGAGGAGGGGGUGCGUGACCCACAUCUUGAGUGAACAUAUUCUCCUUCAGGACAAGCUUGCUGCCUACAGAAGCCACCCGCCGUCUGCAGGAGCAGCACAGCUGCGACCCAAGCCCAGUGUGUGUCAGUGGAGAUGGCACUGAGCCCACAGCCAUCGAGCAGGCUCCCCGCACUGGCUACAACUGGCAGCGCCACGCACGUGCCUCCUAGCAUCCCCAGUGCAUCCCUCAACAGCUUGUGGGCCAGCCCGACAGAGCCUGGCUCCCUGGAGGACAUGGUGGCCACAGGUGCCAUCGGGGCAGUGCUCUCAGCCAUGGGCAUAGUGGGCAUGGUGGGCAACGCGUACGCGCUGGUGGUCACGUGCCUCUUCCUGCGCACCUCGGCCUCCAUGCACGUCUACAUCAUCAGCCUGGCGCUGGCCGACCUGGUCUACCUGCUCAGCAUCCCCUUCAUCGUAGCCACAUAUGUCACCAGAGAGUGGCACUUCGGUGAUGUGGGCUGCCGUGUCCUCUUCAGCCUGGACUUCCUGACCAUGCACGCUAGCAUCUUCACCCUGACCGUCAUGAGCAGCGAGCGCUACGCAGCAGUGCUGAGACCGCUGGACACAGUGCAGCGCCCCAAGGGCUACCGUAAGCUCCUGGCGCUGGGCAUGUGGCUGCUGGCACUGCUGUUGGCGCUGCCCAUGAUGCUGGCCAUCCGGCUGGUCUGCAGGGGCCACAAGAGCCUCUGCCUGCCAGCCUGGGGCCCGCGUGCCCACCGCGCCUACCUGACACUGCUCUUCGGGACCAGCAUGGUGGGGCCCGGCGUCGUCAUCGGGCUGCUGUACGCGCGCCUGGCCCGGGCCUACUGGUCGUCGCAGCGGGCCUCCCUCCCGCAGUUGCGGCGGCUGCCCAACCCCAGGGUGCCCUGCCUCAUCCUGGGCAUCGUGCUGCUCUUCUGGGCCUGCUUCCUGCCCUUCUGGCUGUGGCAGCUCCUCGCGCGGUACCGCGGGGCCCAGCCGCUCACGCCCCGCGCCACGCGCACCGUCAACUACCUGACCACCUGCCUCACCUACAGCAACAGCUGCGUCAACCCCUUUCUCUACACGCUGCUCACCAAGAACUACCGCCAGUACCGCCGGCGCUCGCUGCGCCCGCGCGCCGGGGGCGCCCACCGGCUUGCUGGCACCCGCAGCUUCCUGCAGGGCCGCGUCCGCUUCCAGCGCCACCAGCAGGCCGCCGGGGCCGUCACGCUGCCCCAGGAGGCCCCUGCUGGGGGCUGUGCCUAAGCGUCCUGGACCCCAACAUAGACGUGGGGGCGGCAGUGCGAUGGGGCCCUGCAGGGCCCAGGUCACGCCGUGGAGCCCCUCCCAAGCUCUCUUCCAGAAAGUUCCCAGCUCUCCCCCCUCGCUCACUUGAGCUGUCAGCCCAGCCACCUUCCUCAUGAUGCCCAGGAGCCCCGCCAGGCCACCUGAGAGGGUCUAAGGAGCGGGCCCAGAGCCAGCUGCUCGGGACCUCGGCCGGCGGUCACCAGCCACGGCAGUAACCACGAGCACACACCAGGGCCUGCUCAGCCCUCCCCUCUGGCUGGGGUGCGGCCCGGUGCACCCGACCCUCCCGUUCCUGCCCAGUCCCAGCCCCGGCGUGGCUCCGUUCCCCGCACUGUCAGCACUUGGAGCAGUAAACCCUGCGCUCUGGGACCCAGUCUUGCUUCGGCGGUGGGUGCACGUCGUCGGGGGAGGACCCUCCUUCAGGGCCCAGCAGUCCUCCAGGAUAUAUUCCAAGGUGGCUGCACAUCUUGGGCUCCAUCGCACAUACCACGGCACAUCCUGUGGCGAGGGUCCCCAUCCUCCCAGCACUGUCCUCCCUCUGGGCACGCAGUGAUUUUAUAAGGCAGCUGUUCUGGGUGAACCUGGAUUAAUAAUGGACAGCUGGGUUACAGUGACCAUCUCUGAGUCACGUGUCUGCAAGGCUGGGGGCCACAGGCCUGCUCAGAUUGGCCCAAAUUGUGCCAGGAUGAGCUAUCCACAUGCAUCUCGGCUUCCAACAGGAGCCAGCCCAGGCUUCCUUCAGUUCUGUCCCAGGAACCUGGGGCUUCCCUGCCUGACAGCAUGUUAGAGGAGGCGGUGGCCAGCAGGGCCCUUCAAGAGAAAGGGAUGUCAUCACUGUGGAUCAUCUGAACGCCGUUUGGCUAGUUCCACUUGUCCCUGGGAAGGCACUGACCAGGUCCCCCACCCCCUGCCCCGCAAGGCCCCAGCUGGCUCCCCCAGGGGCCGAGCUGGCCUCAGAGCUGCAGGAGGCUGAGGGCUGCUCCUCGAGCUGGGACUUCCCGGCAGUCCCAGGGAAGGGAGGAGAGCUCAGGACCCAGCCCCUAUGGACUCUCUGGGGUUCGGGUCACGGGCAGCUAGAGAGGCCUCUUGGCUCGGGCUGCUGGGGACCCAGUGGCCCCAGCCAGCUCAGGGACACAGGGGACUGUGCCCUCCUGCCGGUGGCGAUUAUCACUUGAAACAUGAGGCUUGUCCACUUGUUUGGGCUCAGCAGGGCGUUGCUGCUGAUCCUAGGGACGCCAGGCAGCAUCGGCCCUUCCUGGGCAGUGGCUCUCGGGGAGCUGCACUGCUCGGGCUGCCACAGGAAGGGAGGCACCAUGUCCUGCAACACUGGGCCUUGAGGGAGACAGAGGAGGACACAGGGCAGGAGGGUGCAGGCCGUGCUGCCAAGGAGCAGGGAAAGCAGCCUGCUGGGUCAGCCCGGGGGUGGGGGGUCCCUGAGAGCUACGUGAGACCAGGA